AUGGUUUCCGCUCAGGUCAACUCUAUAAUUGUGAGCGAUUUAAAGCUACAGGUUGACUGGAAAAACCUACGUGCAGAUAACGCUAGCGCAGCUCCCUUUCUGGAUUUCUUCCAUGAAACAUACAAAACGUAUCACUUCUUCCUCCUUGCGAAUUCCGACCAUGCCUCCGUUCGCUUCGAGAUACUGGAGGGGUUCAGUGAUGCUGCACUCCUCCCUACUCCUGAUUUUCUAAAAGUGAACUAUGACCGCCUAAAUGAGUAUCUUUCGAAUGUUGAUUGGCUUGGGCUAUUCAACAACUACGUUUCCAUGGACGACAUUUACUGGAGAUUCUGCAAAACCAUCUACAAGGCGUUGGCCUUAUUCGUUCCACUAAAGUUUCCUCAGCGUCGCCCUAUCAAGUAUCCAUUGCACAUUAGGAGUUUGUUGGCUCAGAAAGAACGCUUAUUUUGGAUCCUGGAUAAUCCUAUGAGUUGCCCUCUAUUCAGGAAAGUUUGUAGGGAUGUGGAUCACUACUUAAAGAAGUUCGUAUCCAAUCUUGAACGCCAUCUCGGUAACCAAGCUUCCUUGAAGCUACGUUCGCUGCAAGUUCAAAUCCAAGACCCCCUUCCCACACUGAAGGACCUUGGUUCCACAAUUCUCAGCGAACCUUCAAAGGCCCAAGCACUAGGUAAAUAUUUCGCCAGCGUUUUCUCAGCCCCAGUUUCUUCUACAGGAGUCCUGGAGUAUGGCGCGGCUAGUUCUCAAAGCGGGGACUUACAUUUAUUUCCACCCCAGAGAUGUCUAUACAGUUCUGAAAAAAAACUUAAUCCUUCCCUCAGUGAGCCUUUUGACGUAUUCCCCAAAUAA